GCGUUUCGUUUGGUUUUUUUGUUUUUGCUUUUAAGUUGGAGAAAUAAGAAAGAAAAAGUGUUAAGAAACCUUAAAAAACGUUACGCGUUUUGUAACGGUGACAACUGCUAGGAAGAUACCAAGCCCCACCAAUGUUGGCCAAGAAGCUAACUACCAAUCAAGGGCCAGAAAGUGUAAUUGUGGGAGAAGAAGAAAAAGAAGCUAGUAAUCCAUAAAUGGAUUAAACACAUAAAGACAGCUUCCUAUAUUUCAAUCAUUUAAAAUAUGGGACAAGAGAUAUCACAACAUAAUAAAUGUUACACAAGUAGACGACAACAGCAACAAUCUUUUCCCCAACAAUCACAUCAUCAUUAUUCCGAUAAGCCAAACAAAAACUAUCAACCCACCAACAACACCAAUCCUUAUUCCAACAACACCAACAAUUCCUUAUAUACAACGACUACGACGACAUCAACAAACUCCUGCUCCUCUGCUGUGCCCAACGUCAAACACUACAACGCUAAACACAAGGAACUUGUAUAUACCUCUUCCAGCAUAUCGAACGCCUCCUCCACAGACGACGAAUACUAUAGGCAAAGACAAAAGUAUAGUCUGACCAAGCAAAGUUACGAGAAAAGUAAGGUGGCCAAACCCUUGGGUUCGCGCAAAUCAUUGGAUAGCCACUCUACCACAACUACCACCUCUGACUAUCAGUCGUGUAAUUUUGCGGCCGCAGACGAAUUGUAUCGUGACAUUAAGGGGCGCCAUCAACGUCACAAUUCGCAGAGUACAGACAGUGGCAUUUAUUACUCAUCGUGCCAGUGUACACCCACACGAUUCUCCUCCACAGCUUCGGUGGCCAGUGGUGGUGGGCAUUCGGUGGUGUCCAGCAAAUCUAAUAAAUCUGUGCAGAAACAAAAGGAUUACCUGGAUCAUCAUUUGUAUAUAAAAUCUUAUUUGGACAUUUUGGAGGAGGAUCAAAGGGCCAGUGCCCAGUACAAGGUAGCCAAGCCGGGAGGCAUACGCAAUUAUAAACCCAAAAUUUUAGCAGAGGUAUCAUUGUCCACAAGUGCUCCGGUGACCACGUCGACGAUCAGCGCAUUUUCCAAACACAAAUCGAAACUUAAAGAAGAUCCUUGGAUCUGA